GUUUUGAUUGGGGCAGUAUUCAGUUAGUCAUGUCUGGUCGUGGUAAAGGUGGUAAGGGACUUGGAAAGGGAGGCGCUAAACGCCAUCGGAAGGUGCUUCGGGAUAACAUCCAAGGUAUUACGAAGCCGGCUAUUCGUCGUUUGGCUCGUCGUGGCGGUGUCAAGCGUAUUUCUGGGUUGAUUUAUGAAGAGACCCGUGGCGUGUUGAAAGUGUUUUUGGAGAACGUGAUCCGUGAUGCUGUUACUUACACUGAGCAUGCUAAGCGUAAGACGGUUACAGCCAUGGAUGUGGUGUAUGCUCUGAAACGCCAGGGCCGCACUCUGUACGGAUUUGGUGGUUAG